CAUUACUUAUGAGGUUAAAUUCAGAAACACUCCGAAAUCAAAUUCGGACUAUGGCUACUAAUAACAUGUCAACAGAAGAAAUAGCCACUGGGGACGAGAACGACGAGGAUUUUGAAGAUGCAGAAGAAGAAGUUUGUUUGUCAAACUUAGACCUAUCAGAUGCUAUAGAACAAACCAGUACAGCUCUCAAGCUUUUCCUCAACAACAAAUUCACAGAUGCCAAAGCUAGGAUGGAACCAGGGUCAAACAACAGUAUGUAUCAUGCCCUGGGAUACGGGACCAUACUUUACAUUCAGGCUGUCAUGACAUUUGAUAUGACUGAUAUUGAGGCAGCUAUUCAGGCAUUGAAAAAAUCAUUGCAUGUUUGUGAUCGACACAGGCGUAAAUAUUCCUUCACUGAAACCAUAACACGUUCUGGAAUGAAGCCAUCUCUUCUUAAAGAAGAUGAAAUCCAUGCAGAGCUAUGUUAUGCUGAAUGUUUACUUCUGAGAGCAUUGUUGACCUUUGUACAAGAUGAAAAUCUCAUUAGUUUUGUUAAAGGAGGGUUGAAAAUUAGAGAAUGUUAUAAAGUUUACAAGGAGUGCAAUAAAAUUUUACAGAAGAGAAAUUUUGCAGAUGAGAAACAAAAACUUCAUUUUGAGAGUGGUGUGUUAAUGGGAGUUGGUGCUUUUAACUUGAUGAUUUCACUUCUUCCAAGCAAGGUUAUGAAACUUCUAGAAUUUGUUGGAUUCUCAGGAAAUAAGAAAGCUGGAUUACAAGCUUUACUUAAAGGAACAGAAGAUUUAUCAAGUCUAAGAGGCCCUCUGUGUUCUAUUAUUUUAAUAGCAUAUCAUACAGUAGUUUGUUAUGUUCUUGGUUUAGCUGAUGGUGAUAUUGCUUUGGCUGAAGAACUAUUAAAACCAUGUCUCAAUCUUUAUCCUAAGGGUGCACUUUUUUUAUUUUUCUCUGGAAGAAUUGAAGAAAUAAAAGGAAAUAUAGAUAAUGCUUUAUUUAGAUUUGAAGAGUCCAUAGAUUCCCAGCAGGAAUGGAGACAGUUUCAUCAUUUAUGUUUUUGGGAGUUGAUGUGGUGUCAUUGUUUCAAGGGUGACUGGUUAAUGGCCAUGAAGUAUGCUGAGAGACUAUGUAAGGAGAGUAGAUGGAGUAAAGCUACAUAUACAUAUCAAAAAGCAGCAUUUUUACUCAUGUGUGACGAUCAAACUGAGGAGACAAAAACUCAUCUGCAUUAUUUAUUUAGUGAAGUUCCAAGACUUAAACAAAGAAUAGCAGGAAAAUCUUUACCAAUAGAAAAGUUUGCUGUGUUUAAAGCCAAAAGAGUCAUUGAACAGGAUUCAACCCUUGUUCUCCCAGCAUUGGAGCUGAUAUAUGUUUGGAAUGGUUUUUCUAUACUGGGAAAGAAAGAAGAACUUCUAAAUCCUGUGUUGGAGAAAGUAGAGAAAACAUUAAAUGACAUUGUGAACUCAAAAGAUGACAGAAUAUAUUAUGCUGAUGACUAUUGUUUAGCCUUAUUGUUGAAGGGAGUAUGUUUGAAACACAAAGGAAGUCAUUUUCAAGCAGAGCAGUGUUUUACAGAAAUCCUUACAUAUGAAAAGAAGAUAAAACAAGAUACGUUCCUAUUACCAUAUGCUACAGUAGAAUUAGCCAUGUUGUUUCUGUUAGAGGAAAGACUAGAUGAUGUUAAAAAAUUCCUAGACAGAGCCAAAAAAAACUACAAAAGCUAUUUGUUGGAAUCCCGACUCCAUUUUAGAAUCCAUGCUAUACGUCUACAAGUGAACUCCAUGCAGAGUAGCGAUAGCAGCAGUAACAAUUCUAGUCAGGUAUUAGAAUCACCAACUGAUGAUAUACCUUCACCAUCGUUAGAACAUACAGAAUCCAUAGAAUCAACCAAUCUAUGAUUGUUUUAUAGCUUUAAUUUGUUUUUGAAUUCAACACUGUGUUCAAAUUUCUGUGAUAAAUAUCAUGACAUUAUAUUAUAUCUUUGCUCACUUUAUUGUUACUUAAAUUGUGUUUUUUAUUUUUUAGAUUUAAGAUUUUUGUGUAUUUUCUUUUAUAUUUAUACUGUUGAAAUAGUAUUUAUAUUUGUUUUAUAAAUUUUCCCCAAGUCAAUUUUUUUUUGGUAACCCCUAUUUUAGUCAGCAGGGUCACAUGACGUGUAGCAUAUAACAAUAUAUGACUUUGUAGAUGUAUUUCCCUUACACCUGAUAUUGCUUUUUCGCUGAUCAUUCACUUCUUCGCAAUAAUUAAAUAAAUCUACCAAUUAAAACUGCUUUAUGAGAUAAAUGAUCUGCAUUCCCGUCAUAAAUAUCUACUGUUGCAGUUAACAUUCCAUUUAAUGCAAAGUAACAGUUGUAGUUAGUGUACACAUUUGUCUGUCUGUUCAUUCAUUAUUUCUAUACUGUUUAAGAUUUUAAUUUUAGGUGACAUCCACUUGAAACAUAGCAUACAUGUUCAUCAUGAGGCAGAUAUUUUAAAAUGUAUGCCAAAUUACAGUUUUGACUUAUAAAUGUGAUAGUGUAAAUAGGGCAUGAUGCAUAUGAACAUAUUCUAGUUCUUUCAUAAGUUCCAAACCUGUAUCCCAUGGUUUUGUUGAAAUUAUAAAGCUCAUUUUCUUUUUUAAACUCAGGGAAUACUUAUCAUUUUUGUUUGCCAUUUUUUAAAGAUAUUUAAAACGCACUUUAAGACAUAAUGAAUUUAAAAAGCACAUAUGCACAUUAUAGAAUACUGAAUAUUGAACAUUUGCACUUUGUAGCAAAAAACAUCCAGUGUGGUCAUUGCUCUGAGAUAAGAUCUCUUUCAAAGGACAAGCUGUAAAUGCACCAGAAGGUUGAUAACUUUUUAAAAUAAAUUCCAAAAAGAUCAGCUAUGCCUCCUAUGAGGUUCUGGUUAUAAUUGUACAGUCAAUCCUGCAGACAUCUGAGGACUUUUGAAGUGUAUUCUAGUUAUAAAACUUUCUAAUGAUAUUUUAUGUUUAUCUGUCUCAAUUUUGUAUAUAACCUAAUAUUUUACAGAUAUGCAUUAGUGAAAAGUAAAUGUGCAUAAUAAUUUUAUUCCACUAUGAUUGUCAAUCACCCUUACAGUACGAUCAAGUAGAUCUUUUGUGUUAGAAAUGGAAUCUUUGAAUAUUUGCAAUAUUUGAUACAGUAAAUAUUGUACCGAGAAGAAUUGAGGGUAGAAUGAUUAUGAUAUAAAUGAUAUUAUUACAUGUAUUUUAUUAUAAAAAUUGAAAAGAUUAAAAAAAAAGGCAGGUCUUAUCUGGACCACAUUCCACUCUUAAAACCAUCUCUUCAUUCUAUGAAUUGAUUCAUUUUUAUGGGUACCAAAUUUUGAUAUUUUAAUUUGUGGUUUUGCCAAAGUCUCCACACAUUCCUAUAGAAAUUUUGUAUUACUUUGAUAUUGGAAUUCAUGGUUCCCAGGUAACCACGAAAUCCAGAAAACUUAAAAUCCAAUAAAUGAUAUUGAAUCCACAGUUUAUAAAACCUACUAGUAACCUUAAUAAAACCACAACACAUGCACAAAUUAUAACUGCUGUUCAAGAGUUGAAGCAUAACUAUUUUAUAUCUGUUGCAUAAUAGUCGUUUUAGUUGUUUUGUAAUAGGUAAAUAUGCUAUCAUUUCAGAUGAAUCUUUUUUACAGUGAUUUAGUUUUCUAGUUAGCAAUCAAUAUGUAAAUUGUUUUCUUGUUCUAAAUUCUUAUGAUAUAGGUUUUAAUAUCAAGGUUUAGAAUUUAAUUUUGUAAGGUUUUGUUGUUCAUAAUCAGAUUUAUUGUAAAAAUACUCUUAUUUAUUUUAUGAUGUAUAUGUUUAGUUAAUUUGAAAAGGUUUGAAUUUGUUAUGAAUAAUAUAAACACUGAUAUUGCAGGCAAUUUAUUUAUAUAUUUCUUUGAAGAAGAUAAUAUUUUUUGUUGUUAUAAUUUCACUGUAAAAAUACAUAAAUAUGAAAGGUCACAGAUUUGGGAAAGGGUCUAUAUCAAGACAAGACAAAGACAAAAUAUUUGUUUUCCUCAAACACAAACGUGUACAAGAGGUCAAAUACAAAAGGUCACAGAUUUGGGAAAGGUAUAUAUCAGAAUAUCAUAGGCCUCAGUGUCUGAGUGUUCUAAGUAGUUCAAAUUCUGUAUCACUAUCCUAUCAAUAUAGAGUUGUGAGUUCAAACCCAUUAGAUGGGAGAUGCAUUUGACCUGAAUUUUAUAGUCACAUUGUCAGUAUUCUAACUGAACUUUGUGGUUCUCUCUAUUAACUCCGGUUUCCUCCAGCAAUAACAAAUGACCAACACAAUAGAACUGAAAAUAGCAUUUAACAUUUAUCAAUCAACCACUAUAUAAAAAACAUCUUGAGGCUGAUUGAAUUUCUAAAAUAAGAGAUUCUAGAAAAUCCCUCAAUUUUUCCUCUUAGUAUGUGCUUUGAGUAUAAAUUGACAGUCACUAUCUUGUAAAGUUCUUUUGUCAGUUAAUGUGCUAUUUAUGUUCAAGAUCAUGUCAUUUAAAAAUAAAAUUGUAAAUAGAUUCUUAGAAAUAUUUGUUUAUGAUUUGUCUUCUGAUUAUUUCUAGAUUAUUUAUUUCUAGUUUUGUUGAUAAUAAAAUUUCUUCCUUCAUUA